AAGGCGGGCCUGUGCUUCUGGAACCUGGGCGGCUGCGCCGAGGUCGAGGAGGACGAAUACGACCUGUACCACGUGGACGCCGCGGUCGCGGCCAGGUGUGCGAUGCCGUGCUCGCAGGGUGGUGAGGCCUCGGCCGCAGGCGACCCACCAGGGGCCGCGGCGAUGGCCGCGACCGACGCUCUGGAGCCGGGCGGCGCUGGGCCAGGGGUAGACCUGCUCAUCACCGAGGAGGGCUGGGGGCUCAGCUCUGCCAACUGGCUCGUGCGCCGCAGCGCCUGGAGCAUCGGCUUUCUGGAGCGCGCCUUCCGCCUGUGCCACGAGGAGAUGCCCCUCUUCGGGGACCAGGACGCUAUGAUCCACCUGCUCCUCAACGAGGGCGCCCUCGCCAGCGCCGGCGGCGACGCUCUGCACCCGCGCGCCGCUGUCAUCCCGCAGCGGGAGAUCAACGCCUACGACGCGCUGAACGCCUUCUACAUGGAGGCGGACGCCUACGAGGAGGGCGACCUGUUGGUGACCUUCCCCGGCUGCAAGGAGGCCUCCGCCUGCAACCCGCUCUUCCGCCUCGCCGCCGAACGCGCCGAACGGCGAGCGCACGGCGAACCCGAGCCGCCGCCGGAGGAGCAGCAGAGCUGGGCACACACGCGGCUCUUCGGGCCGCCGCAGGCGGCGGCGGAGGUCUACGAGCUGGCCCGGCAGGCGCAACGGGUCGCCUGACGUCUGCGGGCGGCCGCGCCCCUGGGCCGUCGUGGCCCCGCGACGCCGCGCGGGAGCCGCGGGCGCGUGGAAGGGCGAGGAGGAGGAG